AGAACAUCAGUGUAGUAAAUAUUUGGUAAAACACAGUUAAACUGACUUUUCAUAAAUAAUGAGCGAUUCCGAUUCUGAUUUUUCUGACAAUAGCGAAGCCAAUGAUGAUGAAAAGGUUUCAAGACCAAAGCAGAUUAGAGGAGUUGCAGACUUUGUUGAUCUCUCAUUCCACCCCUCCACUACUUACACACUCGCUACUGCGAAUAUGAAUGGAUAUGUUAGACUAUAUAACUGCGUUCCUGGUGAAGAAUGUGAACAACUGGCAAAAGUUCGGGUCAGCAAGAAACCUUGCAGAAGUCUUUCCUUCUCAUAUGACGGCGAAGAUGUUUUGAUACUUACCAAGGACCGAACCAUGCAUUUUGUUUCUUCGGCCACCGGAAACUUAACACGAAGAAUAGAGGAAACUCAUCGAUCCGCUCCAUACUGUCUGUCAGUUAUUGAUAAAAAUUUACUUGCUACUGGUGAUGAUGAUGGAACGCUUAAGGUGUGGGAUUUGCGGAAAGGCAAAGAUGCGGUCAUGACCUCGGAAGAUAAAUUUGAAGAUUACGUAAGCGACAUUGCUGUUGACGAUAAACGUCGUCUGAUCUUCGCUGUCUGUGGAGAUGGUACCAUGGCAACAUUUAAUGCACGCCAAAGAAAAUUCAUCGUUCAUUCUCAAAACGAAGAAAGUGAUCUUUUGUGCGCAAAAGUUAUCAAAAACAAUAAUAAAGUUCUUGUGGGUUCAGCGGACGGCCCUAUUCUACUGUACAAUUGGAAUGAGUUUGCUGCCCCAUCAGAUAGAUUCCCAGGUCAUCCUGGUCCUGUUGAUUGUAUUGCAAAAGUUUCUGAAGAUGUCGUCUGCACUGGUUCCGCAGAUGGUUUAAUCCGUGCUGUUCACUUACUCCCAAACCGUUUUCUUGGUGUCGUUGGUGACCACCAUGGCUUACCUGUGGAAAAAGUUGAAGCAACGCACGACGGAAAGUUUAUAGCAAGUUGUUCACAUGAUAACUUAAUUAAAUUUUGGAGUGUAGACCAUUUGAAGUCAGUCGAGGUCUGUCCUCGUGAAAAAGCUAUCAAGCAGAAGAGAACAGAAAAGAUGUCAAAAAGUGGGGUUGGUCACGGCAAAAUGGCAUUCUUCUCAGACCUAAAUAAUGACAUCGACACCUCCACAUAUAUUAAUUCAUCAUCCAGCUCUGACGAGUUGGACAGUGAUUCAGAUGACGCAAGUUGACCACCGAUUUUUAGUUCUGUUUUUUUAACUGCCAAAAUAAAAUAAAAAAUUACAGAAAUGUA